AUGGCGAAGAGGUGGAGAUCUUCCUGUUCAGAAAAGGACAACAAGGGACUCGAUAAACAUAGUUCAAUCGAUCGAAUCGGUGCGCUUCCGGAUGAUUUAUUGGUGAAUAUACUGUCCUUGUUGACCUUUAAGGAAGCAAUUGCCACUAGUGUACUUUCUUCUCGAUGGAGAUACUUAUGGACGUUCGUACCUAAACUAGAUUUCGAUGGUGGAGAAUCGCUAUUGAAGGUGUCGUCGAAAGGGUGUACAAAGUCAUUACUCAAUAAGGAAAGAUCGGCAUAUGUCGAAUGGGUCGAUCACGUUCUAGCACUGCAUAACAACUCCACUGUCGAGGAAUUCAGGGUGUUCUUUGAUUUAGAUAAAUCUUACAAAGAUUCCAUCGGAAAAUGGAUUCGAUAUGCUUUAGCUAGGAAGAUUCAGAGGCUUGAGUUGAACUUAACAGACGAGUUUUACGGGCGGCGCGGAUAUGAUAAGUAUUAUGAUUUUCCGUACAAACUUCUUAAACGCGUGGAAAAUCCAAUCGCUAUCGAUUGCCUGAAAAGUAUUUGUAUGAAUUGUGUGAAUGUGAGCGGUGAAGCUUUGGAGUUCUUCUUAUGCAACUGCCCUCUCCUCGAGAACUUGUCGGUUUCUGAAUCGGGACAACUUUCCAGCCUACGUAUUAUCUCCGGCUCGUCUCGUUCGUUGAAAAGCUUGGAAAUAAGCUUGUGUCACAAUUUGGAGCUGGUCGAGAUUCGUGAUUCGAAUCUUGUUUGUUUCAAGUACGAAGGGCCAAGGAUAAAUUUUCUUCUCGAGAAUGUUCCUCACCUCGUCGAGAUGUUUAUUGGAGGUAUAAUUACCAAGCAUAUGGAAGAUGUCGUUUCCCUGAUUUCUAGUCAUCAAACGCGGUUGGAGAUACUUACAAUCGAUUUUCUAAAGAAUCAGGUUUAUUGGGAAGAAACUGAAAUGUUCCGUUCGGCUGUGAAAAUGAGGAAUCUUAAGAAAUUUGUUGUGAAAGUUGAUGCAUAUAAAGACUACAAGACGACUAAUUGGUGGGCACCGGAGGUUGUCGAGAGGAAGGUAGAAAAGGUUACGAAAAGUAAAUAUGUUCACCUAAAGGAGAUGGAGUUUGUUGGAUAUAAUGGUCGUAUAAGCGAUCUCGAAAUGAUAAUGCAUUUCUUGGAGAAUUCUGUUUUGCUCGAGAAAAUUGUGGUCGACACGCGCAAUGUUAUUCGUCCCGCUUUAUUGUUUAAGGAAGAGGUCGAGGCGAAGGAAAAGUAUCUAAGGACUCGUGUUGUAAAGCAACUCAGAAACAAAGUGGCUCCUCCAGUAAAUCUCACCAUCCUUUAG